AUGGAAGAACCGACUCCAUUAUUAGAGUCCCGAAUCUCUGAGAACUUCACACCAAUUGAAGAAGACUUUUUAUCACCUGGCACAUUCUCCAGCGCCGAUGAAUAUGCCGCCAACCCCAGAUUCCUGGAACUACAAGAAGAACUCCGCGGCGUCCUUUUCUCAGCAGUAGCGAGUCUUGAGCCAUCAACCUAUACACCAAUCCCCCAACCAAGCCAACCACAACGCACACGCCAAAGCCUAGACUUCACCCGGGUGAUUUCAAUUCCUAAAAUCCGCCUAAUCUUCUACCUCAAAAAUUGGAUCACAGAAUGUGCCCCAUACCUUGACAAAUUCGACGAAGCCCGCCAUUUUGGCGUGCACAUCCCAAUCCUAGCCCAAGGUUCCCCAGCCCUCUUCUACGCUAUCCUCGCCUUCUCAGCCCGCCAAACAGAGCGCAAAGCCUGUCUCGACAAAGCAUACGACAGCCUCGAACUCUACCAAGAAUCAAUCCGCCUCCUAGCUCCAUGCCUGCAAGCAAAAGACCCAAACGUCCUCGUGACAGUCUGCAUCCUAGCAGUAAUGGAACUAAUGUCUGUCAGUCCCCGCGACUGGCGCCGCCACGUAGAAGGCUGUGCCGCCCUCUUCGAAUCAUUCAACGUAACCGGCCUCUCAGGCGGCCACCUCCAAGCCGUAUUCUGGUGUUACGCCCGCAUGGAAUUAUGCGGAGCGAUCAUCUCCAACGGCGCAGAAAGCACAGUCCUCCCAUUAGAUAAAUGGGUGCCAGGAGUCCCGGCCAACAGUGCGGAGGAAAAAGAAACCAGAAUCCGUGAUCUUUUCUGCGACCAGGGUCGCGUUUCUCCUGAUAUGCACGCCAACUGGGCUGUUUACCUCUGCGCCAAAACAUGCGAUCUCUCCAGUCGGCGCACGCGUUUUCUCGAAUUAGGCGAGAUAUCCUCCGACCCACGUCCUUUCCCGGAACAAUGGAACCGCCUCUGGGAUGAAUUACAUUACUGGCUUGACCAACGACCCCCAGCAAUGCUACCCAUUAAAACAACUGGAAUGGGAUCGGGCCAGAUAUUUCCAGAAAUAUUAUUCGCGCAUUGGGCCGCUAUCUCAGGAAAUCAGUUAUACCACGCGGCUUGUAUAAUGAUGCUUGAUAUGAGGCCUAUAGAGCGUUGUCCUGGUCUGGUCCCGGCUUCCAAGCCGUAUUUCUCGGCGAUUUGGCAUGCCAGACGUGUGUGUGGGAUUUCAUUGACGAAUCCCCAUAGUGGGAAUUUGAUUAAUGCUAUUCAGCCACUUUAUAUUGCGGGUAAGUUGCUCAGUCAUCGCAGUGAGCAUGUGGAAGUUGCGAAGCUUUUUAAGAUUAUUGAGAGGACGACUGGGUGGGGGGCUUUGUGGAGGCUGAGAGAUCUUGAGAGGGCUUGGGGGUAUGAGACUGGAGAAAUUUUGAGUGUUAUUUAA